AUGGGUCUUCGGCGGAGGGGGGUCUGGGGGGGAGAGGUGGGGGAGGUUGAAGAACAUGAUAUGUCUGGCCUGGGAGUGGGGUGUAUGCGUAUUGCGUAUGCGAAGGCGGUGGGCCGGGUGGCGGAAGACAAUCAUCUUGCGAAGAAGAUGGAGCCUGAGGAGACGGGAGAGGCUGUCCCGGAGGGGGUUGCGCCAGUGAUUGGCCAAGGGAAGGCGGUGGUUGAAAAGGAGGCUGUCCGUAGGGGGCUGAGAAAGACUGAGGAGGCAGCGGGGAUGAUGGCUGGCUCUGAGAAGCAUAGGUAG